AUGACGACUACAUCAACAAUGGCUUUUCAUGUGAAUUGCUCUGCACAGAGGAGGCCUUCUCUCUUCCAAAACAUUGAUCGUUUUAAGACUAGUUUGUCUUCAUCUUACAAGGAAAUUCAAGAACAUACUAAUUGCAUGCAGCCAUUACUGAAAGAGUUGAAGCAACUUUCCUUGCAACUUGAUGUUUCCCAAAUUAUGAAAAAUGCUUCAGUCAAACUUUUGGAUGCCUUAGUCGAUUCGAUGUUCCAUUUUGCUGACCAGCCCAUUCUUCCUUCUCAGGUCAACAAAGACCUUAGCAACGCCAAUGUUUUCGAGCAUUCAGGGAAGUUCUACCCUACAGCACCAGGUACUGGAGAGUUGGUUGUAUUUGGGGUUGAUGCAAUAAAACCUUUCAUGGAAGUGGGAGUCUUUUCUGCUGAUGGAAAGAGACUAGUUCACAAGGUUGAUCUCAAGUUGAACAGUUGCCCCCUUAGUCAUGACAUGGGGGUUACGGAGAGGUAUAAUGUGAUCAUGGAUUUUUGCACUAACAAUAGACUUACACAGACUCAUCAAAGGCGGCCCGUUGUAGUGAGGGGAUGCAGGUCCCUUGAAUACAUUAUAUCAAAAUCUUAUGGUAUGGAUUUGGAAGAAUCUGAGUGGGUUUCAGGAAGACUAAGGAGUAAAGAACAUGUUGAACAGAAUCCUACACCUUCGUCGAACGAUGAAUUAUUGUUCAGUCGAUCUAAUGAAUGGAGAUUAAACAUGGAAACCGUAAAGGUUAAAGAAAGAAACCUCACUGGAACUGAAUUUUGGCUGCCAAAAUUUGGAGGUCUAGCCAAGUUGUUCUUUGAUGAAACUUCGAGUAAGGAAGGGGAGAAAACGGAAGGGCAUAUAAAGGUGGAAUACCAUGAAUUCGAGGGAAACACCUUCUGCACUGGAUCUGCCUUUGUCCCUAAAGAAGGUGGUCUAGAAGAAGAUGAUGGCUGGAUCAUCACUUUUGUCCCUAAAGAAGGUGGUCUAGAAGAAGAUGAGGGCUGGAUCAUCACUUUUGUUCAUGAUGAAGACGCCAAUACAUCCAAAGUUUACAUAAUUGACACUUCACAAGUGAGCCUGUUGCCAAAAUUACAUUGCCAUGCAAAGUCCCAUGUGGAUUCCAUGGAGCAUUUAUGCCAAUUCCAUCGCACAAUUAAUUGGACAUCAUAAGCCACAUUAACUUUGUGGAGAAAUUAGCCGACUUGACAAGAACCUUGGAUGCAAUUAAGUCUAAAGGAUUUUAGAGUAAUUCAGGAAGUAAUCGAGCAAGCUGAAAACUACGGAAGUGAGUUAAUACUAUAUAUUAAUUAGUUAGGGUUAAUUAUUUUAUACUGUAGAAUGAAAUGAAAGCUAAAUGGCAAAGGCUUCAUAUGUCUAGUGGAAGGGGCCUAGAUAUAUAUACUUUGGAGUUUAAAUAAUUCU